AUUAUGUAACAACCGUGCAUUCAGUGUAUCUUCCUCCACAGUGUAAAGUUGUGAUUAUAUACUCGUAUGGCUACAAAUACGCUUUACAUUUCAUCAUGUUCCGCGGUAAUACUCCUACUGUCCCUCUCGUAUUCUGCCGCAAGAAAAGGAAUUGUUAUGGAACUUCCCCCGGAAGAUCAAUACCAUUACGUGUUUAACAACCGAGAAAACGACGACCCUCCUUUAGCGGAAAUAUCACUAAACGAAGGGAAAAUACGUGUGUUUUGUGAUAAAUAUAUGAUGAACGCGUACGAUGAAGAAGAUAACGCUAUUACUGAUUUUUGGUUGACUGUGAAAACAAAAGCUGGUGAUGUCGAACUGGAGAGCUUCCAAAUUGGGACAUGCAACGUGGAGGAUAUAACUGGUGCGAUAGAUGUUAAGAUUCUAGAUCCAGUGGCUGAUGUUCGGAUAUUUCAAAUCUAUUACAGAGAUAAAGACCAUCAUUGUCAGCAAAGGGAUUAUAAGGUUUACUCUACUAACAACAAUGUGGCGCCUACAUUUGACGUUGAAAGAUCUGGACCAACGAAAAUAUCUGAGCCAAAGUUUUGGUUUUCGCCGUGUCCGAUAUCAAAAUCCGCUCCUGUGGUUCUAGGUAUGCACAGCAAUGGGAAACUGAGAAGUCUUAGCCUCAAUAAAUACUCGAUUGCAAUCAAAUAUUGGUGCGAAUACUGCUAUGCUUUGUGUGGGAAAUUUGGAGACCCCGAGGCUGAAAAGUAUUUGGUUGACGUGAUAGCCGGAGAGGCAAUCAUAGAUCGCAUACAGGUCGCCUCGUGUGCUGAAUUGGAUCUGUUGUCAUCCAUCUGGUUUGUGGACUCCUUCCAAGACGAUCCGCGGUGGAAAACAGUCAUAAUUCAGUACAAGAUGGUGGAUGAGUCUUGUUAUCGGAGGAAGUAUCAGUAUGACACCAUCAACCAUGUCAACAACAGAAUGUGGGUUGUUGCUAAGGUCAAAAAAGAACCGGCGGAACCAAACGAUUGCGAAGGACAAGUAGAAUAUACCGAGACAAAGGGGUCAUUGAAGACAUUUACAGGUCGCUAUACCAAAAAAGCAAUGCAUAUGGUUGGAAGGAUAGCUGACACUCUGCAUGCUACGUAUGUAAACAAUAGAUACGGUCAAAACGGUGAAACAUGAUAAAAACAACUACAGAAAAAAAUGAUGUUGUUUUCUAUUACACACAUU